CUUGUUGAGGGUGGCAGAGGCCGGGGCGCCCGCGUGACCGAGAACAGCCAUGGAGGAACGGCACCGAAUCGACCUGACCUACAUCACCGAGCGGAUCAUCACCACCUUCUGCCCCCCGGGCUGUCCGGAGGAGGCGUACCUGCACGGCCUGCAGGAGAUCGUCCACAUGCUGCAGUCCAAACACGGACACAACUACAUGCUCGUCAACCUCUCGCAGAAACAUGCUGCCCUCACCGCCAUGAAACACAAGAUUCUGGACACGGGCUGGGUGGACCAGCUGGCCCCCGGCUUGGAUCAGAUCUUCAACGUGUGCACGGCGAUGGAGAGCUGGCUUCAGAGCGACCAGAGGCACGUUCUGGUGCUCCACUGCAGGGGAGGUAAAGGCCGGCUGGGAGUUCUGAUAGCGUCCUAUAUCCACUUCAGCAACACGUCAGCCAGUGCAGACCUUUCUCUGGACCAUUUUGCCAUGAGAAGGUUCUACAACGACAAGCUCUCUGCUCUGAUGACUCCCUCACAGAAACGGUAUGUGUGGAUGCUGGGCAGCGUGCUCAAAGGUGGACUGAGGAUGCGUCCGUCUCCGUCUUUCCUCCUCUGUGUUGUUCUUCACGGCUUACCCAAGAUACGACCGGAUGGAGGUUGCUCUCUUUUCCUGAGGGUCUACCAAAGUCUACAAUCUGUUUGCACGUCAGCAGUCUACCAUGUGAACACUUCUCAGAUAGAUCGGCUGUACUUUGUGCUUCAGCCGGCUCAGCUGCUAAAUGGAGAUAUCAUGGUGGUUUGUUAUGAUAAAAACAGCCAGUCGGCCUGCCGUCAGGUCAUCUUCCGUCUCCAGUUUCACACGGGCCUGGUGGUCGGACAGUCCCUGACUUUCUACAAGGCGGACCUGGACUGCGCCAGCCACGAUUCACAGUUCCCAGAGGACGGAAAAGUGGAGCUGCUUCUCUCUGAAAGUCCUGAAAAGUUUGCAGGCAGAGAGCUGUGGCACAACGGACCCUGUGUGACGGUGGACUACGACACCCUGGACCCUCGAGUCCGACGUGAUUCCUACCAGGACGCCUCCCAUCUCGAAGCAGCUUUGCCUCACCUCCAGGAGCCGGGACAUGGCAGCCUGUUUGCCAAAGUGAAGAAGAGGAGCGGUGAGGAAGGGUCUUUGUUUGCUCCACCUGCUGGCAGCCUCAGCUGCAGUGACCGGACGCCGUCGGCCAGCAGCGACUCGGGCCUGUCCGUGGCCUCGCAGGGGCUGACCGCUGCCAAGCAGAGCCGAGGACCUCAGGACAAAAGCGCCCAGGCGGGGAAGCUGGUCACAGGGCCAAACUUUGAGAUCAUCCAGCCUCUCCUGGAGGUCAUGACGGAGCUGGCUGCGUGUGGCGAGAUGGGGCCGGGGGACAUCACCGGGGACGAGUCCGGCCUGGGACACACCAUCAAUGGAGAAGCUUCUUCUAGCGAGAGGGAGACUGACAUACUGGAGGAUGAAGAGGAGGAGGAGGAGCGCGAUGCGGCGGCGCUUGGUUUGGAGAUCCCCAGCUCCAGCAGCGUCUGCUCCCUCUCAUCUGAAACUCAGACGGGGUAUUCCACUCACGCCUGGGUGCAGCAGCAGCAGCAGAUCGAGGACGCCGCCAUUGAUCGCCUGGACGGGCCGCCACCUCUGAUCACUCCGGACACGCCCCCCCGUGGCCUCAGCAGCAGGGACGCCGUGCAGCGGGGGCUGGCGCUGGAGGGAGCGGACAGCGCGCUCGACCAGCCACUGCAGACCAGUCACACACAUACCUGUCAGGACGACGAAAUGGCGUCGUUGGCCACAGACAUUGACGAUUCCAUAGAGCAGCUCAACCAGCUGAUUCUGGAUUUAGACCCCACCUUCGUGCCCGUUCCCACCCGCUGCUCCCCCUUGUCCCGCUCCGCCUCCCUACGCACCAACGGCCUCAGCCACAAAGGAAAAGCCCACCUUUCUGGGUGGAAGCAGCACAAGCAGGUCAGCGAUGUGACGGACUACGCCGGUCUUCACGGUACACGGUGGCCCGGAGGUGGAUCUCAGAGCCUCAGAGACCCUGCAGACUGCAGUUCUUCCUACUCAUCCUCUCAGCACCUCCAUCAAAUCAGCAGCGUGGACUUUCGGGGGCAGACGGACGCCCCUAACAUCGUCCCGUCGACUCCGGCCUUCCCGGUGUCGCCUCCGACGCCCUACGUGAAACAUUUCUCCGAGUUUUCCCAGCCCAGGACGGGGAGGCAGUGGGACCACCACGGCUGGACUCAAGAUUCCCGUAGUUUCCUGGACAGCAUAAACCACUCCGGCGGCUCCACCGACGGCGACCUGUUCAGGUCGGACGUGUCCGUCACCCCGGCUUCCUGUCAGAGGGUCUUCGGCUCCAUGUGCUCGGUGUCCUCGGACAGCCCGCUGCCGCACACGGACAGCUCGACUCCUCCUUCAGUGUGGCACGAGCGAACGCCAAACUCCACGACUCCAAACUCCAUGAACUCCCUCUAUCCUGCCCCCCAGCCCUCGCCCCCUCUCUCCCUCAGCGCCCCCAAUGCCCACAGCUCGCCGCGGGGGCCCCUGAAGGGCCUGGGUGGGAGUCCAGCGGGGGUCCGCCGGGAGAUGACGGACAGCACGGACCUGUCCUCGCUGCUGCUGGGGAACGGCGGCCUGGAGCACAGCCUGCUGGAGGCCAUGGAGGGGCUGGGCAGCCUGAACCUGGGGGUGGACGGGGGCCUGGCGCCGCUGCUGCCCGAGAAGAGGCGAGGCGGGGAGGGGGGAGAGCUGGGCUCCCGCUCCCCCUCCCUGAGCGGCUUCUCCAGCCCCCACAGCGGCAGCAGCUUCAGCAUCCCGUUCUCAUCCUCCGUGAGCCUGGACCCCCUCAGAGGACUCAGCGGGACGCCGUCCCCUGGCGCAGACUUCGGCAAUAAGCAGGACACUGUGAAGUUUGUUCAGGACACGUCCAAGUUCUGGUACAAGCCCGACAUUUCCAGGGACCAAGCCAUCGCCGUGCUGAAGGACAAAGAACCGGGCUCGUUCAUUGUCAGGGACAGUCAUUCAUUUCGGGGGGCGUACGGGUUGGCCAUGAAGGUGGCCACGCCUCCUCCGUCAGUGUUACAGCAGAGUAAAAAAGUUGGAGAUUUGUCCAACGAGCUGGUGAGACACUUCCUCAUCGAGUGCACCCAGAAAGGAGUUCGUCUCAAAGGCUGCCCCAACGAGCCGUACUUUGGAAGUCUGACGGCUCUGGUGUGCCAGCACUCCAUCACUCCUUUGGCUCUGCCCUGCAAACUCAUCCUGCCUGACAGAGACCCAGUUGAGGAGCUGAAUAACUCGCCUGCACAGACUUCGACAAACUCAGCAGCUGAACUUCUCAAACAGGGAGCAGCGUGCAACGUGUGGUACCUGGGCUCUGUGGAGCUGGAGUCUCUCACGGGACAUCAGGCGGUGCAGAAGGCCACCACGCAGACGCUCUCCAUGGACCCCCCGCCGUCCUCCACCGUGGUCCACUUCAAAGUGUCGGCGCAGGGCAUCACGCUCACCGACAACCAGAGGAAGUUGUUCUUCCGGAGACACUAUGCCGUCAACACGGUGAUCUUCUGCUCUCUGGACCCACAGGGGAGGAAGUGGACGAGAGACAGCGGCUCCACUGCAAAGAUUUUUGGCUUCGUCGCCAGAAAGUCUCAGAGUGACACUGAAAACAUGUGCCACCUCUUCGCCGAGCACGACCCGGAGCAGCCGGCCAGCGCCAUCGUCAACUUCGUCUCCAAAGUGAUGAUUGGCUCGCACAAAAAGUGAGGAGGAAAGAGCCGCAAAGCACACAGCUCAAGACUUUUUUCCUCUUUCUCACCCCCCUAAAAAUAUCUCCUGGACAUGAAAUAAACUCACAUGGGGGGGAAAAAAAAAAACAACAAAAAACUUCUUUCUCUUUAGCCCCUUCAUGUUGAGUGUUUUGUGCGGACUGCAACCCCCGAUGCGGCCACCGGAGGGCGCUCACUCCGUCGUGUAUGAAAACUGCAGCUUCUUUUCCCACAGAUAAUUCAGUGUGAAAAUAAGUUUUUGUCACAUUUUUAUUGUUUGUAUUUCUAAUCUCACUCUGACUUUGCCCGUCUCUGGUGGUUAAACCAGUCUGAUUAUAAAUAAAUAAAGAAAAUAAACUCGGCAAAUGUUGGAUAUUGUGCACACAAACAUAUAUCUGUAACUACAAGUAUUAGCAGGAAGUAUUUUCUUAUCUAUAACUCUGUUCAGUUUUUAACAUCGGCUUUGUGUGAGAUUCAACGACGUAAAGCCGAUAGCCUGGUUGAUUAAAGAUGGAUUUAUUGUGUUGUGUUUAUAUAUUGCUCAAGAUAUUUAUCCCUUUUUACAGAUGUGUAAAAGUCUUUCUUUAUCUUGUCAUGUAUUUUUGUAUAUUAACACACAACUGUACAUUGAGAUUAAAGGAAAUUAUGACACGCGCUCUUCUGUAUAAUCUGCCCAUGUAUGCUUGUUGUAUCACUUUGGUAUAGCUGCUAAUAUGUAUCUUCAAUACAGAUCUGUGUACAGUUACGGAGCCCUGGUUCUCUCUUUGACUGAUCACUGAUUAAAUCAGCCGCUGUGACUUUUCACAUUUCAAUUAUUUGCAGAUCCUUAAGUGAAUGUCACUCAUUUAGCACAGCUUUAAUACAUUUUUCCUACAUUAAAUUAAAAAAAAAGAAAAAGAAAAGGUUUUGGUUGAAAAACACCGGCUCCAGUCCAUGACUAGGAACUGUUCACGUAGGAA